UUUAAAAGUGUGCUACAUAGUAUUUAAAAAUAGGAAAACAGAAAAAGAAAAAGGAAAGUAAGAGAGAGACAGAAGAAAGGGCGACUUGGAGACUCAGAGGAAGAAGAGGUCUUUGUUUAUUGCGUCCUCGAUUCCAUUCGAUCUUCCUCAAUCCGACCGCUACCCUCGAUUUUGUUUGAUUGAGCUGAGCUGAGCUGAACAGGGAAUUGAAGGAAUGGCAGCUGAAGCUGUGGUUACUUUUGGUGUGGAGGGAAUACUGAGCAAGGUGCUUUCACUUGCUUCGAAAGAAUUCAGUCUUGCAUUGGGUUUCAAAGCUCAACUCAGAAAGCUUCGAAACUCAUUAACCGACAUUGAGCGUUUCUUGGUUGCUGUUGCCGACCAACCACAAGGUGGGCCAAUAGAGGACUGGGUGAAGAAACUCAAAGACGUAGCUCAUGAUGCUGAGGAUGUCUUGGAUGAGUUCGAGUACGAAGUUGCUCGGCGUAAAGUCGAAAUCCAAAACCAUAUGAAAAAAAAGGUUCUUAACUUCUUUUCACUCUCCAAUCCACUUGCAUUUCGUCUUCAAAUGGCGCAUAAAAUAAAGAAGAUCAAUGCAUCCUUGGUGUAUCUCAAGAGUGAAGCAUCUCUUCUUGGACUAGUUUCCAGGAAUAAAGAUGCAACUCCUCGAGGAAAUAGAUGGGACAGACAAACCAACUCAUUCAUUGGCAGAGAUGAAAUAACUGUUGGAAGGGGAGAGGUUGUGACAAAAAUAGUUACAACCUUGACCGACUCCAAGUACAACCAAGAAAAUCCUGCGGUUAUGGCCAUCGUGGGAAUGGGUGGCCUCGGAAAGACAACAUUGGCCAAGUCGGUUUAUAAUGAGGAUCUGAUACACAAGCAUUUCGAGACGAGAAUAUGGGUUUGUGUAUCGAACACUUUUGAUGUCGAUUUAAUUCUACUUAAGAUGUUAGAACAACUCAAACCGGCAAACGCCCCUUCUUUGAAAGAUAACCAGGAAGCUCUGCUUAAGUUCCUCAAUGAAGAGUUGGAAAAUAAAAGAUAUUUACUCAUACUUGAUGACGUUUGGAACGAAGAUUCUGAAAAAUGGAAGAAUUUGAUGGAAUGUUUUUUUAAGCUUAACUCUGUUGGGGGAUCCAAAAUUAUAGUCACUACUCGUAGUGCCAAAGUCGCAUCAAUCUCAGAAAAGCUACUUCCACGAUGUGAAUUGGGAAAACUUUCCGUGGAUGAAUGUUGGUCCAUCAUGAAAGAUAGAGCUUUCCCCAAUAGCAGGGCUAAUAUAGCUCAUGAGUUCCAGACAAUUGGAAUGAAGAUUGCUAAACAUUGUGGUGGUGUUCCAUUAGUGGCAAAGGUUUUAGGAGGCAUUUUGCACACUAAAAAAAGUAUUGAAGAAUGGUCGUUGUUUAAAGAUAGUAGAAUAUGGGGCAACCUACCAAAGGGAGAAAAUAGAAUUAUGCUAGUCUUGAAGUUGAGUUUUGACAAUUUAGAAUCACCAUCAUUGAAGCAAUGUUUUGCAUAUUGCUCAUUGUUCAAGAAAGAUUUUGAAAUUCAAAGAGAGAGCUUGGUUCAACUUUGGAUGGCUCAAGGAUUACUCCACCCUGCACCUGAUGAAGGUAAAGAUAUGGAGGAAAUAGGCAGUGAAUAUUUUGAUAUUCUACUGCAAAGCUCCUUAUUUCAAGAUGCUUCAAUGAGUGACAAUGGCAUCGUUAGCAAAUGCAAGAUGCACGAUCUUGUGCACGAUUUGGCAAAACUUAUAUCCAAAUCUGAAAUCUUGACGGGAGACUUAUGUGGCAUAGGCUCACUUGAGAUUCAACAUGUUGCUCGGGUUUCUACUUUUGUACUGGAAAACAUUCUGGAAAGAAGUGAUGGAAAAUUGCGAUCACUGUUUUUCAACGAUGGUGAAGUUCCUACUAACAUUCUUCCACAAUUCAAAGCUUUACGUGUCUUAAAUUUAAGUAAUGCUAAUAUUGAAGAAUUUCCAGUUUCAAUUGGUAGGCUGAAACACUUGAGGUAUCUUGACAUUUCUGAAACAAGAUUCAAAGCACUCCCCACGUCUAUAGGUAAGCUCUAUAACCUACAGACGUUAAGAGCAACAAAUUGUGCCCUUAAAGAGUUUCCAAAAGAACUGCAAAACUUGAUCAACUUGAGGCAUAUUUAUUUUGAUAAGAGUACGAAAUUUCCACAGGGGAUAAGGCGGUUGACUUGCCUUCGAACAUUACCUUACUUUUCGGUGGGUAAUGAGAUUGGUCGUCGAAUUGAAGAGUUGGCUAGCUUAAAACAAUUGAAAGGUGAAUUAAUUGUUUGUAAUUUGGAGCACGUAAAGAACGGAGAAGAAGCAAAGAAAGCUAAGUUGGAGGAUAAGAGGAAAAUAUGCCAUUUAAGCUUCCAAUGGACAAAAAAUAGGUUAAUAACCAACAACAAUAAGGAGGGGGAUGUACUGGAAAGCCUCCGACCGCAUUCUGAGUUGGAGAGCUUAAGUAUUGAAAAUUUCAUGGGCGAUAAGUUUCCAUCGUGGAUAAUGAGUAGGUCAUUACUGCUCAACAACUUGAAGAAGAUUCAAUUACUUGGAUGCGACAAAUGUGAAGGAGUCCCACCGCUCGGUCAUCUACCCAAUCUUACGAAGCUUAAGAUUAGCGGAAUGGCUAACUUGAAAUGUGUUGGAGCUGAGUUCUACGGUUAUGAUCAUGUCCACAAUGUAGCCACGACAAGUAAGGAGAUAAUUACUUUAUUUCCUGCACUGAAAGUAUUAAAUAUUUCUAGGUGUGGUGAUCUAAUUGAAUGGAAGGAGGCACCAAAGAUGUCAGCACAAAAAGUAGUGGUUUUUCCAUGCCUUGAGAAGUUGACCAUAAAAGGCUGUUCCAAAUUGAGAAAUGUUCCAAGCCAUUUUCCAUCUCUUCAAAAGUUGAAGAUAAUUUCUAGUGAUAGUGGAAAGCCAAUAGAAGAAAUAAGCAGUGGAUUAACAACUCUCACUUUCCUCAUAAUAAGAAGUAUUAAGGAGCUUACUUGUUUGCCACAAGGGAUUUUGAUGAACAAUAAUAAUCUCUCUUCUCUGGAGAUAAGAGAUUGCAAUGAUUUAACUUGUAUUGCCCCCGAUGUAUUUGGAUCUUGGGGCUUUCUUGAGAGAUUGGAUAUUUGGAAAUGUGAAAAGCUGAGGCAAUUGACGGAUGGGUUAGAUACACUCCCUCUCCUUGAGGAACUGAGUAUUAAGGAAUGUCCUAAUCUAGAGUUGAUUCCAAUUACACAGGGCAUGGCAUCUCUUCGGGAAUUAAGUAUUGGUUAUUGUAAACGAUUGUCAAGCCUACCGAGUGGGUUAGAGUACUGCACCUCUCUCCAGAAAUUGAAAAUUUGGGAAUGUAAUGGACUAUCAUGCCCACUGAGCGUAUGGGCCUCUCUCGUGGAGUUGAUGGUAUGGAGAUGCAAUAAUCUGACAUCAAUUGAAAUUAAAGGCGGCGUGUCCUCUCUUCAGCAUUUGACAAUUAGAAAUUGCAAAGAAUUAUCAAGCUUACCUGCUCUUCCACAACAAUGUCCCUCUCUUCAGCAUGUGGAGAUAAGUGAAUGCCCAAAGGUAGCAUCGUUUGGUGUCCAAAGUAGCAGCAUUACUCUACAAUCUACUUCAGAUUUGCGCACCAUGACCUCCCUUCGACAACUGACAAUUGGAAGAGGAUGUGAAGGAUUGGAAAAUUGGGUUAGCGGGCUGCAAUUCCCACUCUCUCUUGGGUCGCUGAUAGUAGAAGGUUUCCCUAAUUUAGAGAUUCUUCCAAGUUUAAACAACCUCAAUUCUCUCCGUUCUUUGGAGAUUAGAAAUUGGCGAAGGCUAAAAUAUCUGCCGACGGGGUUACAACGGCUCCCGCGCUUGGAGUAUUUGAGCAUCGGUGGGUUCUGGGAGGAGCUCGAUUCCUUCCCUUUCCCUAAUUUUCAAGUUGGAUCGUUAAUGCACCUUACAACCUUAUACUUGUUUGGUUGGCCUGAGCUCAGGUCUCUGCCUCAACAAAUUCAACACCUCACUUCUCUAACAUCAUUGUGGGUAUAUAACUUUGAGGGAGUGGAGACUUUGGCAGAAUGGUUGGGUAGCCUUACAUCCCUUACAGAGCUGGAGAUUUGGAAUUGCAAGAAUCUGACCAACUUACCUAGUGUCCAAGCUAUGCAACGCCUCACCAAAUUACAUACCCUGUUUAUCGAGGGAUGUCAUCCCCUUUUAAAGCAAAGAUGCACCAGGGACAGCGGCACAGAUUGGCCUAAGAUUUCUCACAUUCCGUAUAUCGAAAUCCGGAGUCAUACAGCAGUCGGAUUGAAUGUACACAACACCUUACCAAACCACAGCAAAUGAGUUGCGGAAAAACCAAAUUUCAUGGUGUGCAUGCAAGGCCACAUUUCUCUGAGAUUACUUGAAAUUAAUCCAUAGGCAUCUACAUUUCUUUUGGCAUGCAAUGGCGUUUUUUCAGGAUGCUCAGUAUGUGCAAACUGAGUACAGGUAAAGAAUGGUCAGUUGCAAUGCUGAGUUUGGGACUAAUAAUUUGGCGAAUUUAAGAAAUCUGCGGAAAGGUCUACAUACCCGAAAUUGAUAAAAUUCACCAUUGGCCGGUUAUGGGGGGAGCUCAAUUCCAGUCCUGAUGUUCAAGGUUGAUCAUUGCAGCUUGAAUCCUUACAUUUGAAAGGGUGGCCAAAGCUCAAGUCUCUCAUCAAAUUCAACACUUAACUUCUUUAACUACUUUAUGUAUCAACUACUUGAGGGAGUGGAGGCUUUACCAGAGUUGUUGGGCAACCUUACAUGCCUUAUAGGGCUGACGAUUAGGAAUUACAAGAAAUUGAUGAAUCUAUCCUCUGCAAAAGUUAUGCAACGUGUCGCCACUUUACUGUCGCAGCGAAUUAAGCAAUGUAAAGAAUGCUCAGUUGCAAUGCCAAGUUGGGGACUAAUAAUUUGGGCAAUUUAAGCAAUAUGCGGAAAGGUCUACUUAACUGAAACUCAUAAAAUUCACCAUUGGUGGGUUCUGGUAGGAGCUCAAUUCCACUCCUGAUGUUCAACGUGAUCAUUGCAGCUUGAAUCGUUACAUUUGAAAGGGCAGCCAAAGCUCAAGUCUCUCAUCAACUUCAACACUUCUUGAACUACUUUAUGUAUCAACUACUUGAGCGAGUGGAGGCUUUACCAGAGUUGUUGGGUAACCUUAGAUGCCAUAUAGGGCUGGGGAUUAGGAAUUACAAGAAAUUGAUGAAUCUAUCCUCUGCAAAAGCUAUGCAAUGCAUUGCCACUUUACUGUCGCAGUGAAUUAAGUAAUCAAGCUUGUUGGACCUGGAUAUUACUCAUGAGAGUCUUCGAGGGAUUUUUUCGUUCAUGGAACCCACUCUGCCUCAGCCCUCAGCGGUGGCAGGGAAUGCUGUUGAGGAUAUAAACUUUUAUGGCCUAGGAAACAAAAAUGGUAGAGGAGAGGUGUUCCUGCUGCGAAAAUUGCAACAUAUAAAAUUUUACUUCUUGUUGGCACUAUGUUGGAGCAUGUAGUUUCUCAAAUGUAUCGUGAGGUUGCCGAGAAAUUUACGUUGCCAUCAAAUUCGAAGGGGACUUAAUUGUUUAUCCUUUAGAGGAUUACUUUUGGUUCAACAACUCAAACUUGUCCUCUUUGUGACUUUAAUAUUAAUGUGGUUGGUAUUUCUUCUCAACUGGCAUUUUCUUCAUUAGCUUCAAUUGAUGACAAUCGAGAGUUCCAACUUCUAAGGUACCAGAGGACUUGUUGAGUUUUUGGAUUACUGGCAUGGGAGUACUUAUUGUGAAUCUAAAAGUGUUGAACCAUUUUCUUUUUUCCUGUUUCUUCACUGAUUUCUUUUCAACUGGAAUGUGUCCUCUAGAUGUGAGAUAGAUUGUGAUCUUAAAGUUACAGACUAAUGACAUUUUAUCCCAAUGAAAAUUGUAGCACUUUCCUUAUUCGUUUGAUUCUUGCAUAAUGAGGAAGGUGGGCAAGUGUUAUUCCAACACUUCUUAUCUGCUAAAACCAUGUUCAUAUAAUAUGUAAAAUUGCAGCAAUUGUUUUCUCUUCCAACAAAAAAAAAAAUUACUCUUAUGAAGAUUUUGGACUGAGAUUUUUAUGAUUCCCUGUACGCAGAGUGAUUUGAAUUCAGUUGACUUUUGUAUCUGUGAUUGAUGACCCUCGAGUAACUUGAUGAACAGUGUGUACCCACACUAUUGCAGAAAUUAGAUAGAAUUGGGAUUGCGAUCAAAACUCAUGCGUGGAUCAGUAUCAUUCUUCAACUUCAAUCAUGUUUCCAUAUCAUCAAAUCUUAAUUUGGAUACAAAUUGAUCUUAGGAAGCUGGGACUUCCUAGCAUCCUUUGUGCCCUGCAUUGCUUUCAAAGGAGAGUGCAAGAAGCAGCCAACUGUUGAAUAAAGGGAGAGCUUGAGAUUAAAAGUGAAAAAACUAUUGUACAUUGUCAUAGUAAAAAUUGGAGAAACUACUAAAUGUGGACAUAGCCCUGCGUAUGGAAGGUUCGUACAGUCCUAUGGAAGGUCCGUACAGUCCUUUGUGCCCUCGUAUGGAAGGUUCAUACAGUCCUAUGGACUUAGUAUUGUCUUUAAUGAAAGAAAGAAAUUCUGGAUGUUUUAUUGGAGAUGACAGUGUAAAAUGAGUUACAGCAUAUAAUGUGUGCUUUUCUCCUUUUAUUUUACAUUGAACAAUCUAAGCACAAAUUUUUUCCAUUUUUCA